AUGGCGCCGGGGGUGGCGUUCACGAUCGGGCUGAUCCUCGUCGUCGGGCACCUACAGCUUGGACCGGGCACCCACGCCAAGACGUUCGCGUUCCCCGAGUACCCGUACAAGGAGAUCACCAAGAAUGAACUUCUCUUUAGGCAGUUCGAGCAGGCUUGCGAGGAAAGCGGAGCCUGCAAGAUGCUCCCGCCAGAGAGGAGCGACAUGGCCAAGACCAGAUGCAUUCGGGAGUGCGUAUCGCCGUCCUGUUACAAAGAGAUCUACCUAUUCGAUCAGCUAGAAGAAGGGGAGAUCGACGUGAGAUUAAACUCGUUCAAGGGUUGCUUCAUGCAGCGCAACAGCCGACCGCGGAAGUAAAGAAAGGAGAAGAAAAAACACAGACGAAGAUGGAAAGUGACGAAGGUGAAAUGGGCAAGGGAACGAGUCCAAGCCACCCGUCGCGCACGAAUCUCAACGCCAAUUGGCGCGCUAUGCCGACCACGUCCAUUAACAGUUUCCGAUUACGAUUUAGGGGACGCGAUCCCGUUCCACCGGAGAGAUUAGAACCGAGAUCGAUCGAUCGAGGUAUAUUAUACAUAUAUAAAUAUAGCAAAACCAAACCAAAAACGCUGAAUUUCAGGAUCACAAGAUAAAGAGAGCG